CAAAUUAUUUAAACGGGAACGAGUACGUGCGCGCACUCGUAGUCUUUGUGUGGCAGUGUAGAGAAGCGCCAAAAGAGUGACCAUGGCUGAUGAAAAACCAAAGGAAGGAGUGAAGACGGAAAACAAUGAACACAUCAACCUGAAGGUGGCAGGUCAGGAUGGAUCUGUAGUGCAGUUCAAAAUCAAAAGACACACGCCGCUCAUCAAACUCAUGAAGGCCUACUGCGAGAGACAGGGACUGUCGAUGAGGCAAAUCAGAUUCAGAUUUGACGGACAGCCUAUAAAUGAGACAGACACACCAGCACAGUUGGAAAUGGAAGAUGAAGAUACGAUCGAUGUGUUUCAACAACAGACGGGAGGCCUGAUUUAACCAACGCGCCACCAGUUCCCUCCUCAACACAACCGACCCACCGGCCGGCGACACACGGCGGCUGCUGCUUCACAACUCUCUCAACAGAACUCCUGCAGAAGAAGUUUUCGUUUCUCUGCCACGCCUAACUGCUGUAUAGUAUUUUCAUUCUCGCCCCUGUUACUUUUCUGUCUUUGUACAUAAACCACAUCCACAUCAUCCCUGAGUUCAGGUUUUUGUUUGAUCAUGCUGUAUCGUGGUAGAUGUGGAGGACUUCCCUUCCCCGUUUGAAGGGUUUGUUCUGGAGACGCAGAUGGUUAGGACUGGUGAUAGAGUGAGAAAUAAUUAACUGACUUUGUUGAUCACAUAUUGAUGAGCUUGUCUUGGUCAGUGUCCAGCAAUUCUGUUCUUAAGGUCUACGUUUGUUCAACUGGCUGUCACGUGGUGAACCCAGUUUGGGAAUGGGGCUGGGUUUUCAUUUGGUUUCUGUUCACUUCAGAAAACAAUAUUUGAUUUUAUACAUUUUUUUAUAUCGUAGUGGAUGUGUAGAAAAAAAUGUUUUGAUUAAUCAUUUUACGAGGCCACUUCAAAUUCUGGGAAGCCUGAAGAGAUGUUUCAGUAAAACAAACAUCUGUAUUGUCUAAGAUGCCUGUCAAAUAAAGCUAUUGUCUUUUUUCCAAACUUUCACUAAUUUUGUUUCCAAUAUUAUUCCACAGUAUACAAUAAAUUUGUAGAACUAUGACAA